AUGUCAUCGAUGAAGCCUUCUCAAGCGUUUUCAUCCUCCCUCAUGCGGCGCUCCUCCUCGCUCGCUCGCUCAGUCUCCACGCUCUUCCUCCGCAGCUCUUCGGUCCUCCCUCGCCGAAGUUUCUCCGGCUCCUCGGACGUGAAGAGGAAGGCAGUGAUGGUGGCGGCGACGGGUCAGCAUCAUGGCAAGACGACGGUAACGCUCGGCAUGGUCCAUAAGCUGCUGGAGCGAGGAAAGAAGGUGUCCUACCAGAAGCCGGUGGGGCAGCAGACUGUGCCUGUGAUCUGCCAGGGAAAGGAGCUGCAGGUGGACCGUGACGUGGACAUCUUCAAGCACGUGUGGCCUCAGCUCGUCGGCAGCUACAGCGACGCGAGCCCGGUCGCCUUCCCCCCCGGCUUCACCCGCAUGGUCCUCGACGGCAAAGUGCAGACGCGCGACCUGGUGCAGCGAUGCCGGGAGUCGUUCGCGCGGCUGGUGGAGGCGUCGGACUAUGUGGUGGUGGAGGGGACCGGACACAUCGGCGUCGGCUCCAUCAUCGACCUCAACAACGCACAGGUGGCAGCUGAGCUGCAGCUGGACGUGGUCAUUGUGGCGCCGGGGGGGCUGGGGGUAUCGUUUGACGUGCUGGCGGCGAAUCACGCGCUGCUGAAGGAGCACGGAGUGAGAUUGAAGGGAGUGGUGCUGAACAAGGUGGAGGAGAAGAAGAAGGAGAUGAUCGAGCACUACUACCGCAAGGCUCUUCAGCGCAUUGACGUUCCCCUCCUUGGCGUGAUCCCCAGCGACGCGGACCUCCCGCUGCUCUCCAUGAAAUCUUUUACACGCCUGCUGAAUGCUCAAUUCCUAAGCUGCCAGGACAAGGAGCUGAGAUUCUUCCGAAGGACCAGACUGAUCAGUCAGGUCAACCCAGGCGAUCUUCCUUUGCAAAUCCCUGCCAACUCGCUGUUCAUCCUCCAUUCUUCUCGCGCCGACUCCCUUCAGGCUCUCAUUCACCAGCACAAGAUUGCCAGGGAGGGAGAAGGCAAAGAUCUGGCAUGUGGCGUCAUUGUGUUCGGUCCUGAGAGAGUCUCUGAUGCAGACAUCGCCGGGCUUGAACAGGAGGGGAUUCCGAUGCUGUACGUGAGCAAGAAAGAUUUCGACGGGACGGGGUUUACCCUCCUUGAGAAGGUGAUGGGUCAUACACACAAGCAUCACAAGGCAGACAUCGAGAGGAUCGUCAGGACGUGCCAGCACGUGGGACAACACAUUGACCUUGACGCGAUCAUCGCAUGA